AUGUUCUUCCUUAGUGCUAACCAAACUGAAUCCUUUUAUGAAACUGCCAGAGGAGUAAUAAGCCAGAUUCAGACUCAGGUCAUGCCAAGAGGAUCUGGCAGUUUGAUGAAUCUACGUCGUAAAUUAGGUGAGAGGAUAGUAGAAGAACGGGGUAAAGUUAAGAAGGCUUUUGUGCAUAUAUUCGAUGAAUUGAAGAAUAUAGAGCGCGAUACGGGAAAAGAAGUAGGGAAGACUACUACACAAUUGACACAACUUAUCGGUAAAGCUAUGACCGAGUCUUUAAGAGACGUAUCAAGACAAGCAACUCAAUUAACGAGGCUUUGUACUUCUGCGGAAAAGGAUAUAAGGGGAAAAUUCAAAACUUUAAAGAAGAGUGUGAACCGCGAACAAAAGAAGUUGAUACGAAGUGUCGAUAGGAUGGAAAGAGACUUUAAGUCGGAUGAGGGAGAUUUCCGUCGUUAUGGUGAUAGAUUCUCAGAAGAUGUAUCUAAGGCAGGUCAGAAUAUAGAAAAGGUUACACGUAGUAUGAAUGAUAGAGCAGAGAAGACUGAAAGUGAAUUAUCUCUCUAUGGUAAUGAUUUUACUACUAAAGGAGAAUUGAGAAUCAAUCAAACAUUACCAAGAGCNNNNAUGAGAUGUUGCCACGGCUUUUGUUAA